UCUGUCUUCAGUGUAGUAAAGUGACUGACACUAUCCGAUUGACUGCCAACAAAAGUUUGUGUCCCUCACUGGGUUCUUCUGAUUGCAUUGACUGGCAAGGCCGAGUGAAGCGUGAAGCGUGAGGCGAGAAGCUUCCCCAUACCAGCGUUUGCGGAGACUUUUGAAGAUGACCACCUCCCUUUUGUAAACUCCAGUUCGGCAUCACGAGGUAUCACGCCGAAGGUGAAAUGGCAUCAACUUUGACGCCAAUUGCCACGCCAGCGCUUCUAGCAUCGAUACGUAGUCGGCCGCAUGUACCAAAACAUGCUUGGUACUUCGUUGCUGCCACGACAUUGGCUAUACUGAACCGACCAGAUGAAAUACCGCAGGUCUAUCAGCAUGUCAUGACACAUGGAGUCGGUCCUGAAGACAUCAAGCCGGACCCGGAUGAACAACGUGAGAUUUUAAGAAAGCUACGGGAGGCGCUCAUCAAAGCAUCCGCGGUUGGAGGUAUGCCCAAGACGAUCAAUUCAUUGAUGGAGCUCAAAAAGGUCACGCCUCAGCACCUUCUGGAUGAGCCGCGAGAGUCUAACAGCCAUAUGACUUCUUCGCCAACCGCACGACAUGUGGACGUGUAUGAGACACCUCCAUCCGAGGUUCUGCAGCGAGGUCAUGACUUCUGGAACCUCAUAUACGGCAAGAUAUCAAAACGCAUCUUGAGUCAGAUGGAUAGAUGUGGCACAGAGGACCUAGGCCUGACUGUCCGUCUGAUGUAUGGGCACAUUCUGAGCAAUACUAACGUGCUAUCGCCCGUGGAGACAUCAUAUGUCCUCAUUGCUGGACUCAUACCACAAGAUGUGAACCCUCAACUCAAGGGACACCUCCGAGGCGCCCUCAAUGGCGGUGCUUCUGUCGAGGAGGUGAGGGCCGUCAGAGGUAUCGUCAUGGACAUUUGCGAAGCUUCGGGCAUGAGGCAGCUUAGUGACGAUGGCUCGGGUGGGCUGGGAUGGCGAUCCGAGGUGGCUACUGUGUGAUCAUUCAAGUGUACGCCGACGUGUGAGUUUCCCACCAAGCAAUUGCAAAGACGCGCGAAAUGCGACGAACGAGGAACGAGUCACGCUGGCUCGGAAUGCGCAGGAUACCGUUAGACUGGCGGCAAUUUACCGAUGAGACUCAAGGCGAUAGACAACCUCGGCUCAGCUGUGGUAUUCAAACGUAUUACAACAUGGCUAAAGGAUGUCCUACUAA